AUGAGGGCCACAAAGUUGGGACCUUUUGACGCUGUUCUGGUCACGCAAGGUGAUUUUGUGGGGAACACUGUAAAGAGUAUCUGUAAAUACCGUAGCAUGUUCGUGUUCAUUAGAUAUGUGAAAUUACCAGAAAUUGAUUUGACACGAGGUCAUACAAUAGAAGAUUCGGAGGUUAUUAAUGCGGAUCUCAUCGAAUAUAUACAUACGUUCAUCCCAUCGGAUAUAUUCAACCCCGCAGCACCUCCGAUGGCCACCAAAACAGGAGAGGACGACCACCGGAGGAAGAAAAGCUCCCCAGAGUAUUCCAGACGACCAGCCGCCGCCGGACGUGCCGGUGAUGGAACCCCACGCACCGCCACAACACUGCCCGCACACGGCCUCGCAUGCCCUCGGCGCAACCCAGCGCAGCCAUGCCACGCCCGUGUUCAUCGCGCGCCCCGGGUUCUGUACAUGACCAGCGAACUCCUCGCGCAUCACUCGCAGCGCCCCUGCGUGACUCGCGAGCAGCCAGACAACCCGAGCAGGAUCUGCGAAGCCCUCGCGCAUCCUGCGUUCACGCGGUGA